AUGCAUGAGAACAAGCAAUUACAGUACUUAGUUGAAGCCGAUGCGUGCGUGAGAGGCAAGUGCUCCUCGGUUCAACGUUUCAACCAAAACCUCGCAUUCAUCUCGAAGCAUUCUCGAACCAUCUACGAAUUCCCUCUACGAAUUUCGGACCCGCGUGCCGGGCCUGCUGCCGCUUCUCUUCCCGCAGUGCAAGGCGACCGACGGAAAGGGGACACGCAAGCGGCGCCGAGGGGGACUCGUCCGGCCAUCGCCUCCCGCACCGGCAUGGAGUUCGUGACGGCCCUUCGGGGCCCCUUCGACGACAACAAACCGUCGCUCUUCGAGGUGCUCUCGGAGCAGCAGCUCAACGGCCUCCUCCCCCCGACUCUCCGCUACCUGCUCACCGUCGCCACCCAGCGGCACCCGCGAUACCUGCUGCGCAUCCUCAACUCCUUCGACGAGCUCUACGCCCUCUGCAUGGUCGCCGUCGAGCGCCACUACCUGCGCACCCGCGCCGGCUCCUUCACCGAAAACUUUUACGGCCUCAAGCGCGAGAGGGCCCUGAGGGACGAGAUUACGCGCGCGAGCCUGGCCACGCCCCAGCUGGUGCGUGACGCCACGAGGCUGACGUCGGCCGACGUCUGGAGGAACGUCUGCAUCCUCGUCGCCGUGCCCUACCUCAGGCGCAAGCUGGACGAGGGCUACGAGCUGAAUGCGUCGAGAGCGCUCCUCGGCGCCGCCUACACGCGCAUGCCCGACAACCCGACCGUCGGCGACCGUCUUCUGCGUCUCUACCGAUCGUUCCUGCGAAACGUGUACCCAAGCCUUCAUGCCGCCUACCACUUGGCCGUCAUCGCCUUUCACCUCGCCUACCUCUUCGACCGGACGAGAUACCACAACCCGCUCAUGUGGAUCCUCGGCACGAGGCUGAGGAGAAUGACGGCGGCGGACCACCAGGCCAUCGAGGCGCUCGUCCAGCCCCGAGCCGGCGCCAAGCCCGGUCCGCGAUCCGUCUGGUCGCCGAGCGCGCUAGGCUCCAAGGCCCUCUCGAGCCUGUCGCUGCUCCUGCCCUUGAGCAUCUUCUCCCUCAAGUUCCUCGAGUGGUGGUAUCAGUCCGACUUUGCGAAGCAGCUCUCGCGCAAGGCGACGGAGCACGUCGAGCUGCCCCCGCCCAUCGUCGAGCCCGUCCGGAGGCGAUCGGCGCUCCGGAAGCCCAAGGGCGACAAGGACGCGCACGAGGCCGCCGCCGAGGCCGACGGUGGCAUUUCGCCUUCCGAAGCCCCCGUCGCGACGCCCUCGAUGCUGCCGAUACAUGUUGUUCGCCAGGGGCCGGACGCGUCGGCGUGCCCGAUAUGCCAAGACGACAUCGUGACGCCCACGGCCUGCCAGACCGGCAUCGUCUACUGCUACGGCUGCAUCCACAGGUGGAUCGAGGGCACGCACGACAGGCAGGAGGCUUUCAUGCUGGACCGCGCCGGCAAGUGGGAAAGCGGCCAAGGGCGAUGCGCCGUCACGGGCAAACGCGUCCUUGGUGGCACCGAAGGCCUGCGGCGAAUCAUGAUCUAG